AUGGACGGCAUAGAUAAGCUCGGACUUUCCACAGCUUUAGCAAAGGCACGUAAGAGUUACCAAGAGGGAGGGAUCCCGAUUGGCGCUGCCCUUGUGUAUCACGGAUCUUCAACAGAUCCCAAAGAUGCAGUUGUUUUGGGAUGCUCGCACAACUCACGCAUUCAGAAGUCGUCGGCUACGUUGCAUGGAGAGAUAGCUGCCUUGGAGGAUGCAGGGAGACUCAAGGCACAAGUGUAUAGAGGAUCCACGAUGGUGAGACUCGCGAUCCCUUGUAUUAUGUGCACAGGCGCAAUUCUACUUUACAAGAUCCCUCGUGUCGUCAUCGGAGAGAAUGAGAACUGGGUGGGAGGUGAAGAGCUGCUGAAAAGCCAAGGCAUCGAGGUCGUAGUGGUUGAUAAUGCAGAAUGCAAGGAGCUCAUGAAGAAAUUCAUUGUCGAAAAACCGGAGGAAUGGAACGAAGAUAUCGGUGAGAUCCAGUAG